GUUUCUCUCUACCUCUCCAUUAGGGUCAUCAACAGUGGCUAUUCGACGAAACUGGAAAGCGUUACCUUGACCUUUUUGCUGGCAUAGUAACUGUCAGCGUUGGACACUGUCACCCUAAAGUGACUGAAGCUGCCAAAAGGCAAUUGGAUAAGCUAUGGCACACUACCAAUAUAUACAUGCAUCCAAACAUUCACGAGUUUGGAGAAAAGCUUGCUUUGAAGCUACCAGGAGAUUUAAAGGUGGUGUAUUUCACCAACAGUGGAUCAGAGGCUAAUGAUUUAGCAGUUACAAUGGCUAAACUCCACACUGGUGCUCAUGACAUUAUUAAUUUGAGAAACAGUUAUCAUGGCGGCUCCCCUUUUGCUAUGGAGAUGACCAACCUUGGUAACUGGAAGUUUCCUCUUCAUCGUAAUCUAGGCAUUCAUGCUACGGUUAAUCCUGAUGUGUAUCGAGGCCCAUGGGGUGGAGCUAACUGUCGUAGCAGUGUUGCUCAAACACAGCGCUCCUGCAGCUGUGCUGAAGGUCAGUGUCAAGCAACAUCGCUAUACCUGGAUCAGUUAGAUGACUUGUUAAGACACUGUACUCCAGGGAAGAUUGCUGGCUUCUUUGCUGAGACUAUACAAGGUGUAGGAGGAGCUGUUCAAUUGCCUAAGGGUUACCUUAAAGGUGCCUAUGAUCUCAUUAGGGCUAAAGGUGGUGUCUGUAUAUCUGAUGAGGUCCAGUGUGGGUUUGGUAGACUUGGAACUGAUUACUGGGGAUUUCAGACUCAAGAUGUCAUCCCUGAUAUUGUUACUAUGGCUAAAGGAAUUGGUAAUGGAUUUCCUAUGGGUGCUGUUGUGACUACCCCAGCCAUUGCUAAGAGUCUAACUGGGGCACUUCAUUUCAAUACAUUUGGCGGUAACCCAAUGUCUUGUGCAGUUGGAUCAGCUGUAGUUGAUGUUAUUGAUGAAGAAGAGUUACAAGCAAACUGCCAUACAGUUGGUACCCUGUUACUGAAAGAGCUCGUGAAAUUGAGGGACGACUUUGAAGUUGUUGGAGACAUUAGAGGCAAAGGAUUAAUGACUGGAUUGGAACUAGUGAAAGAUAAAGCAAGCAGGGCUCCACUUCCUCCUGAAGAAGUAUUUGAGAUUUGGGACUUCAUCAAAGAUAAUGGAGUCCUAAUAGGAAGAGGAGGACUUUAUGGAACAUGUCUCCGUAUCAAGCCACCAAUGUGCAUUACAGAGGAUGAUGUUCUCUUUGCUACUGGAGUUAUGAGGAGAGCAUUGGAAGCACACAAGAGCAAUCACUCUUGAGAAAAAGAACAAUUUUAUAGCAAUGAAUCAAUGAAUAAUUAUAAUUAUUGAUGGUGGUUAUUAAAAUAAAUAACUAGUUAACUUAAUUAAUAUAGCGUGUCAGCCAGCGAUCCAUCCAGCCCUUGUUCGUUGUCCUUUUGCAGUCUUGCUCUGCUCUACUUUUGAAUAAACGUCCCUACACCAUGUCUGACUGGUCAUACCCUCUCUGCGGCUGUUUCAGCGACUGCACAACCUGUCUCCUCGCUUGGUGCUGCCCUUGUAUUCUUGUCGGUAGAAAUGCUGAAGCCGUUGGCGAAGACAAGACCUUGUGCUGCCUCGGCGCCCUGGCCGCCCUUUAUUUCUUCGUUCCAGGCUACAUCAUCAUUAGGACAAUGCUGAGGAACAAAGUCAGAGAGUCCAAGGGAAUCGAGGGUAGCAUACUGACUGACUGUUUAUGCGUUUACUUCUGUGAUAUUUGUGCUCAUGUGCAAGAAACAAGGGAGUUGGAAGCUCCAGGCAAACAGUCGAUUGUCCGUGAAUAAGUACAAUCCAUAAUUAUAAGUACAUUACAAACACUACUAAGUGCGAUCAAUAAUAAUUAUUGAUAAUGAAUUUAUUAAUAAUGAAUUUAUUAAUAAUA